AUGGCCAGCUAUCCUGUCUACCAUCUCAGACAGAUCCCGGGCUCAAAGACGUGGCUGCUUGAGAAGGGAGGCUCGCUUGAGAGUUCGGUGUCCCUUCCUGCCGAGCAACUUCCCUCGGUCGUUAGUUGCUUCGAUGACCAGGAUACACAAACGGCAGGGCUGAUUGAGCUUCAAGCUGUCAACUGUGUUGAGAGACCUAUCUCGUUGCAAGCGGACAGAGAGCCUCCAGGCCUUUGUGGAGUUGAUGAUGAAACUGUGGAAGAUGAUAACCACCCUGUGCAUAACACCCCAAGGACAGCAACAACUCCAAGGGAGGGUGCUGUCCGCCAGACUGAAGGCCUUCAGCAAGCAAAGUUGCAGCAUGCAAGCAGAGAUCGAACGGACACCUUCCAUGAGCCCAAUUGCUUUGGCAGCCCCAUGGUGCCAUCACCCCUCCAGUCCCAAAACCCAGACCACGGCCGAUCUUCUUGGGAAGCAACACAUGGCAGGGCUGUAACACAUCUGCCCACAGGUAGUGAUGCAAUCAGGCUGCAAGAUCUGCCAUCUCCACAAGCUUCAGCAGCAGGACUGAAUGUACAAACUCCUGUCAAGGAUGCUUUCCCAGCAGCAAACAUUACUGCUCGUCAAAUCCAGCCACAAGCUUCCAGAGACACGCAGCUAGAGGUCGAUCAGCAAGACCUGGCAUUUGCAGAGAGGAAGGCCACGCAGGCAGCCGUGCAGGGACCUUUUGUCCCAUCUGCUUUAAGUCUCCUCGUAGCGCCAAUGAGUAGUGCGGAAAACAGUGAUCCGAGAGCCAAGAAGGACCCUAGCACUCCUUUGAGAAAUGGCCCGUCUCUGCCGUCCUGCUUCCGUAUGGACGAAAGCACGCCGUCAAAGUCUCCCGCCGACUCUGCCCCAGACUACUUUCCAAGCCCGGAGAUGACACAGAAAGAGGCUGAGCGGCCCUCCUUUCUGCCAGGCAGGCAAUCUUUAGUUACGCCGCAGAUCAAGGGCUUCUCUCGUGGUGCGGGGUUGAUUUUGCCGACCACGGAUGUCCACCCUCCGCAGAGAGAGCAGACCCCCGUUCCCUUCCGCAUGGGCCCCUCCAAGCAUGCUGGGCAGCAAUCGCCCCUCCUGAACCAGCAGCUCGGACUCGAAAGUCCUCUCCUCAGGAAGAGCACGCCCCAAAUUCCACCGCAGACAGAACCCAUGCCUUGGCAGUCGAUAGCAGACCCUCAGCCUAGCGGUCCUGAAACCAGUCUUCUCAGGUCUGGUUCCUUUGGCCCCAUUCACCCCAGUCUGCCGCUUGUCCAGCCGUCGGCAGCGCCAGGCUUCAUGAGCUUCCAGAACCUGCGCACAGGGAAGGCUCACGCCGGCAAGCGGUCGGAGAAGGCGGCGCGGGUGCACGCCCUGUUGGACGAAGUUCUAGAGGAUGAUAAGCCAAGGGAGCUCUUUGAAGCCGGGGGAAAAGCGGGUCCGCAAAGCGGAGGGGAGAAGGGGUUCGAAUUUGGGUUCUCAAACGGGUUAAGGAAGAAAGUCGGGUUCUCUAACGCGUCGUGGGCCAGGGCGCAGAACUUGCUGCAAGAGGAGCUUCCGUCGCUAGGAAACGGUGCUUUCCCGGGGGGCGGUGCAAAUAUGCACGCACCUAACCCGACGGCAGGGUUCGAGAAUGGGCAAGCGUCGGCAGGGAUGGACUUCGGGUUCACGAACGGGUUAGGGGCGAAGAUUGGGUUCUCAGACGCGGCAUGGGGGAAGGCGCAGAACUUGAUGCGAGAAGAGCGUGUGCAGUCAGGGGGUGUUGUGGCAGGGCGACCAGGUGGACCAAAUGCACCAAUGGGGUUUGAGAACGGCCCUCAGGCAGCGGGUUCGGAUUUCGGCCUUAUGACAGAGACAGGGAAGAACUUCGGCCAAUCAAGCAAUGCUUUCGUGACUACAAAGGCUUCUUUGCCGCAUGAAGUUGGAGCGGCGGAGUGGAGGGGGCUUUCCGAAGAGCAGGUGGCCGGGCAAGCGCAACACUCGCAUGUUGGACUGGGGCUGGCUGAGGAACCCGCCUUCGAUUUUGGGUUUACUACCGGGUCAGGAAGGAAGGUCGGGGUCUCGGAAACGGCCCGGAAGAAAGCGCAGAGCUUGUUGCAGGAGGAACUGGGGCUGUCGGGGUUGCAGGGGUUCCAGCAGGGUUUAGCACAAGCCGGUCGAGAGGGCCUUGCGACGGGUCUGGCGUCAGGCUUCAAUCAGGGAUUUGCGCAAGCUAUCGGGGGACCUGAAAUGGCGGGUCUGACGUCGGGGUUUACUCGUGGGGUCGCGCGAGCCAGUGGUGUAGGCGGGGCGAUGGGUUUGGAGUUUGCAGGUGCGGAGGGGCCAGCUGAGAAGGGUUUGGAUUUCGGGUUUACGAGCGGUUCAGGCAAGAAGGUUGGGUUCUCGAGCGCUGCGUAUGCGAAGGCCCAGGCGUUGUUGCGUGAUGAGAUGGGGCAGUCUGAUUUGGGACGCUUCUCUGCGGAGCCCGGCACAGUUGGAGGCCUUGCAGACGGACAGUCUUUUCUUCGGAAGGGGGAGAAGUUCGCUAACGAGGCUUACGGACUUCGGCAAGGGGGACAAGGCGGGGCUACGACAGGGCUGACGGCAUUCGAGUUUGAUGUGCCGACAGACCCACAAGGAGUAGACACUUCCGGCGGAUGGAGAGCGGACGGGCAAGCCAGCGGAACUUUAGUUCCCGUUGGUCAGCAGCCUGAUUUCAGCAGAACCCCAGAGCCGCAGGCAGACGGGUUCUCGAUCUCGUUUCAAACCGGCAGCCUCAAGCCGCUCGUGGUCACGCCCGCAGAGCUGCAGCGGGGCAGGGCGUUCUUCGGGACGGACGGGGCGGAGCUCGGCUUCGGCAACCCGGGGCCUGAUGACGUCAGCAUGACGUCGCCCAGCUUCCAGACCGGGGUUCCAGGCGAAGGGUUCAACCUCCAGGGGGGCGCGAACGCGGCUGCUUUCGGGGGCGGCGGUUUUCAGACAGGUGGCCUGAAGCCAUUGCAAGGCGUGGAUGCGAAGAAGAUGGCCUGGGCGAAGCGGCUUUUGGACGAAGACGACGCUCCGCUGGUGACCGGGGGUGAAGCCGGUAGAACUCACCGGGGGAACCGAUCAGCAGGAGCGGCGGGUAGCGAAGUGCCCGGCGAGCCUCUCCGACUAGGUUGGCAACAGGGCGAUGGGGCGCCACUUGCUGAUGCGGCAAAUUGGCAAGAGGGUGCACAUUCUUUUGGUGCCAAACGGCAGCGAGUCGGGGGGGGAGAUGCAGUCCAACCGGGGGAGCCGCUGAGAUUGGGGUGGCAGGGACCGGGGGCUCAUUGUGAGGACGAGGUGCAAGGGGGGGUCAACGGAACGGGGUUUCAAGCCCAGGGGCAGAGAGGCGGUGCGUCUCAGCUGACAAGAAACGGACAGACGGGCGCUGAACUCCACAAAGAGAAGCUCAACCGGGCUUUGUCCUGUUGGGCGCUAGACGACGGGGGCGCGCCUCGAGCGGCCAGCGAUCCGAAACCCCUAAACCCCGGCGUGCAGCAUCUAAGGAGCGGAAGUGCGAACGCUCUGGCUCAGCAGCGGCUGAACCAGAGCGGGCCGACGGGGGUUCAGGGUUUAGGAGCGCGCUCGAGGCAGCCGCUCGCGACGAUUGGGUUGGGGAACCGGAGCGUAAUAACGCCUGGGGAGAGACAGAUUGGAGACAAGCCCCGCAAGCUCAAGUUCGACUCCCCCCGACCCCUCGCCGGUGGCCGCUCACGUCCACCCGACAAAUCUCCGCUCCCCGGCCCGUCCGCCUUCAAGUCGCCCCUCCUUGCUCGCACACCGGAUCACCCAUUACCCAUGCCCCCUUCCUCUUUCCAGCAGACCACGCCUCCUAACCUCCGCCAAACCCACUCCCCGUUCGCUAACCAAAGCAUAGCCCCCCCCUUCGCCUUCGAUAUGCACACCCCACAGAGCGCGCUCGUUCCUUUUCGCUUUGACACGGGCGAUGCCGUCACGGGGGGGCAGCCAGGCACCCCGCAGAUCGCGGCAGCUCAGCAGCCAGCGCCGGCGCCGCUUCACACCGGCGGUCCACUGCAGGAAUUGCACGACAUGUACAGGGGUGUGAAACGGCCCAGCCUCCGCGAGGCGUUUAGGGAGGCUCCUGGAGGGGACUGCGACGUUAGCAAGGUUGCCGUUGAGGUGCGCCUCAUGACGAGCGACUCUGCGUCAGCAUUCCGCUUCUGCGACGCCGGAACUGGAGCCUCCAUGGGGCACCCGGAGAUGCGUCAAGAUCUGCUGAGAGCGGGGGCGGAGGCAAAGCACGCGACUCGCGACUGGGUCGAGAAUCACUACCGGUGGAUCGUCUGGAAGCUGGCGGGGUACGAGCGGAGUUUCCCCGGCCGUUGCGCGGGACGGAUGCUCACUGCGGAGCGCGUCUUUGAUCAGUUAAAGUAUAGGUACCAGAGAGAGAUCAAGGAGGGCCAGCGGUCCGCCCUCAAGCAGAUCUGCGAGAAGGACCAGCCACCCAGCCGCCUUAUGGUGCUCUGCAUCUCUGCCGUCCGUUCCUGGGGAUUGACGGUUGCAGGCACCCCUGCCAACAAGACCCCCUCCAGCGUACGAACGGACGGAAGCCAGCGGACGGAAAACAACCAGGGGCGGAACGAGGGCGUGGGCGUGCCCGCGAAGGUCGAGGUGACGGAUGGCUGGUACUGGCUGACUGCGCAGCUGGACAUGCCCCUCACGCGCCUUCUGCACGAAAAGAAGCUGCGGGUCGGUCAGAAAAUCAAGGUCUUUGGUUCUGCUCUCGAGGGUUUGGCAGACGGAGCGCCUCCGCUAGAAGCGUGCACGAUGUCGUCUCUGGUUAUCCGGAUGAACGGCACGCACAGGUGCCGGUGGGACGAGAAGUUGGGCUUCUGCAAGAGCCGCCCAAUGGCUGUGCCGCUCAAGCGCAUCAAGGAGGGAGGGGGCACCGUUCCGCUGACGGCCGUCGUGGUCACGCGAAUGUACCCCAUGCUGUAUAUGGAAAAAUUGCCUGGCGGUCAACGCGUUAUGCGGUCUGCAAAGGCGGAGGAUAUAGCCAAGAGACGCUUCGAGGAGAGCCGUGCCACGGUGGCAGAAGAAGUUGCUGCCCGCAUGGAGGGUUCCGGCUCCGGUUCCGGUUCCGCACAGAAGGCGCGGCCUAGCGAGGGCGCUCGCCUGCACGCCGAGCUCGAGAGCGCGGCCGACCCGGAAGGCGUCUUCCAGGGGAUGAGCGAACACCAGCGAUCGGCACUGCAGGCAUUCCAACAGCAACAGCAGGAAACCAUGCAAGCAGACUACACGUCAGCAGUCGACGAGGAGCUUCAGAAGCGGGGCCUCGAGAAGCGUGACGUCAGCUCCAACCUGCGCGUGCGCGUGGCGGGCAUUCACACAAACGAAGCCGACAAGCUGGGUUUGGGCGUGACAAGCCUCGUACGGUCCCCUUUGCGCAGCCAGAACGGGGAAGCCAUCAUCACGAUCUGGCGGCCCAGUGACGAGCAGAUACAAGAUCUCGCCGAGGGUGCGCUUUACCUGAUCACCAACCUCGUUUCCAAGGCGAAAGGGUCCGGUCCCCCGGGCGGCGGCCCGAUCCUCAUGAACUCGAGCCCGCGGACGAAGUGGCAGCGGGUGCCUACGUCAGCAGUCAAGCAUAUGACGUACACGUACCAUCCCCGAGAGGCGGUCCGCCUCUCCACCCUCGACGAAACACCCGUCGGAAGCGAGUUCGACACCGCCGCAUACGUCCUCCUUUGCACCGCCCCGCGCCCCGCCGGGGCCCGCCGCCAGCAAUGGCUCUUCGUCACCGACGGCUCCCUCGAGGGGGACUGCUACGGCAUCCUACCGGACGAGAUUCCGCCAGACGCGGACGGAACUCCGCCGGAACCUGACCGGCUGCCCGUGAUCCUGGCCCUGGACGUCAGCCUUCCGGCGGACGCCUUCGUUCCGCUGGACGGAUUCCGCGGCUCGGUCGUCGCGCUCGCGAACGUGCGGCGGCUGCCGCGCGACGAGCAGUGCGGCUUCGGACGCGGAGCUGCGUCCGAGGUGACCGUGGUGUCCGGAAACGUGAACGGUACGUACCUGCGGCACCUGAAGGAGAAGGCGGCGGCGGUGGGAGCGUGGGCCGGAGCGUCGGCCGAGAUCAUCAAGCGCGCAGAGGCGUAUGUGUCCAGCAUUGUUGGGAGGGAAGCCGGGGGAGCUCCGUCAAAUGAUCCAGCGCCGCAAGGCCCCCCAUUACGAAGGCAAAUGCAAGCGAAGUCAGUUAAGCGUGCCCGCAACUAGAUACCAGCAAGCUUUAUCCAGAUAUCCCUCCAGAUUACCUCCAGACCGCAAGAUCCAGAGUCGCGCAGCAGGCUUCCAAAACGGUCUCUCGAGUUGCGGACUGAUAUAAAAAGUUCAUGCUAGACGCAAUUACAGCGGAAAGCAAUCGUGCGUUGGGCCAGGUUUCGCCGUCCAGAGUAUUGAAGCAAGCAUUGGUACAUUAGUAUCAUAGGUAGGUCCACACAGUGUGCAAGCUGUGGCCGGAAGUUUGGUCAAACACUAUUUUUGGGGAUAGCAGCGUCAUUCGCCAGCCAAGUUCUAUUUAGGCCGGAUGCCAUAUGUACGAAGUCGUUGCAACAAUAUAUACUGAAUCCGUGUCU